CUUCUCCGUUACUGUUCUAUCCGGCCACCUCUGUCGACGGUGAGAUCGAUAAUAGAGGCCAGGCAGGCUCAACACCACUGCAGCGGCGUUGCUUGCCACGCACGCAAUGGCGCCGCAACCCCGUAUUGCCUGACUAGCCAGCCGUCUCUAGAGCAACCCAGAAAUAGAGCCCGGACGCUUGUUCCCUGUCAAAUGUCAGUGUCAGUUUAUGCCCUUUGCGGCUCUCUCAUCAAUGAUCCUCACGCCUCUUGGGGGGGCGGCCUGCUCAAUCCGGCUCAAGUGUUUACCCCGGGGCCCAUCUGCCAAAUCUACCAAUCCCAUCCUUCGCUGCCGGACUCGGUCAGGGGGUUGCCUCUCGCGUCUGUCUGGAGCCUCCGCCCUCUCUCCCUCUCCCUCGUUGGCACCGCAACCCGCAACCCCAGCAAGCCAUCCGACCAACACACUCCUCGUGUGUGGUGUUUUCUUGUCGCUCGCUCGCUCGUACUGGCUCGCACAGGUCAUGUCAUAAUAUCUCUGUCUGUCUGUUUGUCUUCUUAUUCUAAUCCGCUCUUGCCCACAUCGUCUUGUUGUUGUUGCUGCUGCAUAUCGUAGCCGCCCAGCACCGAAUCUCCUCACGCUGAUUGCGAGGGUCGCGGCUUUCGUUUGGUGCCAGCCCUAUCCCCGGCACCGAGAAACACCGCUUCCUCGACUCCGCCCCUUCACAUCUCCAUUCACUCGCUCGCUGCCAGCAUUUCGUUAUACCUACAUCAAUCUUCUAGCACGCCUAUCUAUAUUGCUCCCCUGCAGAGCCGGCUCUUUCUCUCGCGACGCCGUGCAACCAGCUUAGGGCUGCAUUCCUUUGCACAAAAUGUCCUUGCCUCAGCGACCGGAUGCCUCGUCGCCCAGGCGGGAUGAACACCAUGCCUUUCGAGACUCGUCCUCGCGCCGACGUCGACCGUCCGAUCUCGAAAGCCCCCGGUCUCACCACCACCGUCGCCACAGCAGCAAGAACGGAGCCCACGCAUCCUCGCGCCCGCUGCCCUCUCCCAACACCCCAGUCCCCAUGGAGAGAGAUCCCAUAAUGAACCACGCCCACCACCCUUCCAACUCCCAAGACUUGGGAAGGAAGCGCAGCUUGGUGCGUCCCGAGCGUCAGCGAAUCGACCCAAACCAUCCCAACUACCACUACCGAAAGCAUGCUCAGAAGAUGACCGUACAACCCUCUACCACCGGCAACGAUCCCAUUAGAGAAGAUUAUCUCGAGGCCGAAACAGUCAGCUCCGAUAGCACCGACGUCAAGCCUCCCCAUCUCCGCAACGCUUCCGCCGGCGGUUACCAUGAUAAGCAGGACGAAACUCUCAACGAGAAGCCCGCGGGUCGUCUGGCUCGGAGCAAAACGAUGGAGAAGCUCGAGAAACAACGACAGAAAGAGAAGGACGCCCUGCGGCCACCAAGCUUGUGGAACGUGUACUGUGCAAUCAUCACCUUCUGGGUACCCGAUGCUAUUCUGCGAUGCUUUGGAAAGCCCCAAAAGGCCCAGCAGCGCGCUUGGAGAGAAAAAAUGGGUCUGUGCAGCAUCAUUCUGUUGAUUUGCGCAGUCGUUGGAUACCUUACAUUUGGGUUCACGGAGACGGUCUGCCCCGGAGGUGGCGGCGCACGCCUGCGCGUCAACAAGGUCGGCAACGGUUAUCUGAUAGUUCACGGUAAAGCAUACGACCUGACAGGAUCGAGGCAUCCUUUGGCUCCCGGUGUCACUGAAAACGCAAACGUUCUGUUCGAUCUUCCCGAGAAAUUUGGUGGCAAAGACGCUAGCUUCAUGUUCCAGAAUGUCAACGGCGACUGCAAGGGCCUCAUCACGAAGAAAGCCGGCUCACCAAUUGCCACCAACCCAGAGGACGAGCUCUCCUGGUACAUGCCUUGCAAUGUUUACAAUCAAGACGGCUCCAGCAAGCCGAACCUGACCAUCGGACGUUACGACGGUUACCAAUGCCAUACUUCUGAUAAAGCCCGAAGGGCGUUCUACGGCCUACAGAGCGCUGGAGACGUCUACUUCACAUGGGAUGACAUCAAGAACAGCACUCGUAACCUCAUGGUUUGGGGUGGAGAUGUGCUUGAUCUGAACCUCCUCGAAUGGUUCAACACGUCCCAGGUUGAGUAUCCUAACCGAUUCGAUGAGAUUCGACAAAACCCAGCAGUAAAGGGCGUGGAUGUCACUCGAGCUUUCUCUUCUGCCUACGAAAAACAGGUCGCAAGGUGUUUCACGCAAAUCAUCAGGGUCGGAUCAAUCGACACGGAAAGCAUUGGUUGCAUUGCUUCCAAGGUUGUUCUCUACGUCUCUUUGGUAUUCAUUCUUUCCAUCGUUGUCGCCAAGUUCGUUCUGGCAUUGGCUUUCCAGUGGUUCAUCAGCAAGCAGUUCGGCGCGUCCAAGACCAGCCUCGGCAAGACAGAUUCCAAGCAACGGAAAAAGCAAAUCGAAGAGUGGAGCGACGAUAUCUACCGCCCCCCACCCAAACUGAUGGAUACUGCCGGUCCGGACAGGUCUAGCAAGCGUCAAAGUAUGCUUCCAUCUACGUCCAGAUUUACAAGUCCCUACGCUGUGGAGAAGACCACCAAAAACCGCGCGGCACCCACAACAAUGACCAGUCAAAGUGCAUCCUCUCGCCUCAUGUCAUCGCAAAAUUCAAGCGCCAUGUACCGUCAGCUCAAUGGUAGCCAGGGAACUCUUCCAUAUGGUGGUAAACCCUCUGUUCAAGACAGUCGCUCCAGCUUGAUGCUCUCCGGAUCUGCCGAAGCCGAAGGUCCCGGACCCGCAGGAUUUAUACACGAAGCAGUUGUUCCCCAGCCUCCUCCCGAGUGGCAGCCUUUCGGAUAUCCCUUGGCACACACGAUAUGCUUGGUUACCGCGUACUCCGAAGGCGCAGAUGGUCUACGGACCACGAUUGAUUCCAUUGCCACGACCGAUUAUCCCAACAGCCACAAACUGAUUCUGGUGAUUUGCGACGGAAUGAUCAAGGGAGCCGGUGAAGAUCUAACCACCCCCGAGAUUGCACUUGGCAUGAUGAAAGAUCACGCCGUGCAACCCCAUGAAGUGCAGGCUUUCUCCUAUGUCGCUGUUGCGAGCGGGUCCAAACGACACAACAUGGCCAAGAUCUACUCUGGAUUCUACGACUACGGCGAGAACACUCGGAUCCCGAGCGAGAAACAACAACGUGUCCCGAUGAUGGUGGUCGUCAAAUGCGGUACUCCUGACGAGGCAAGCAAGUCCAAGCCCGGUAACCGUGGAAAGCGAGACAGUCAGAUCAUUCUCAUGUCGUUUUUGCAAAAGGUCAUGUUCGACGAGCGCAUGACGGAACUCGAGUUUGAAAUGUUCAACGGAAUCUGGAAGAUCACGGGCAUAUCUCCUGACUUUUACGAAAUCGUGCUCAUGGUUGAUGCUGAUACGAAGGUUUUCCCUGACAGUCUGACGCACAUGAUAUCGGCUAUGGUCAAGGAUCCCGAGAUUAUGGGUCUCUGCGGUGAAACAAAGAUUGCCAACAAGCGCGACUCGUGGGUGUCCAUGAUACAAGUGUUUGAAUAUUUCAUCUCUCACCAUUUGUCAAAGUCAUUCGAAUCCGUCUUCGGCGGUGUGACCUGUCUUCCCGGUUGUUUCUGCAUGUAUCGUAUCAAGGCUCCCAAAGGUGCACAGAACUAUUGGGUACCGAUCCUUGCGAACCCUGACGUUGUCGAGCAUUACUCGGAGAAUGUGGUAGACACGUUACACAAGAAGAAUCUUCUGCUGCUCGGCGAGGAUCGCUACCUGUCUACCCUCAUGCUGAAGACGUUCCCCAAGCGCAAGCAAGUGUUUGUGCCCCAGGCUGUUUGCAAGACCAUUGUACCCGACCAAUUCAGCGUUCUCUUGUCGCAGCGUAGACGAUGGAUCAAUAGUACGGUCCACAAUUUGAUGGAGCUCGUACUGGUGCGGGAUCUGUGCGGUACUUUCUGCUUCAGUAUGCAGUUUGUCGUGUUCAUCGAGCUGGUCGGUACACUUGUCCUGCCCGCGGCUAUUGCCUUUACUUUCUACUUGAUUGCGAUUGCCAUCAAAGCCGCUGUCCUGCACACCGAGGCGCCUGUGAUUCCACUUGUUCUUCUUGCUCUCAUAUUGGGUCUUCCAGCUGUGCUCAUUGUAGUCACAGCCCAUCGUUGGUCUUAUGUCGCCUGGAUGCUUGUCUAUCUGCUAUCGCUGCCCAUCUGGAAUUUUGUCCUCCCAACGUAUGCGUACUGGAAGUUUGAUGAUUUCAGCUGGGGUGACACGCGUAAAACGGCUGGAGAGAAGACGAAGAAGGCAGGGUUGGAGUACGAAGGAGAGUUUGACAGCAGCAAGAUCACCAUGAAACGCUGGCACGACUUUGAAGCUGAACGACGACUCAAAACACCAAACAGCGGUAAGCACAGUAGCGGUUGGCAUUCGCAGCCAACGCAUACUCAAACCAGCGAUUACUACUACGGCUGA